UCUAGCCAAUGGGAGCAGGGCGAAGGCGGGCCUUAACAGCCGUCAGAGAAGCCGCCAGAAGCGAACGGGGUUUUUUUGGGGAAAGGAGCUUCAUCUCUUCGUUACCAUGUCUAUUAUGUCCUAUAAUGGUGGGGCCGUCAUGGCCAUGAAGGGGAAAAACUGCGUUGCUAUUGCUGCUGAUCGGCGAUUUGGCAUUCAGGCUCAGAUGGUCACCACAGACUUCCAGAAAAUUUUCCCAAUGGGAGACAGACUAUUCAUUGGCUUGGCUGGGCUUGCCACCGACGUUCAGACAGUUGCCCAAAGGCUCAAAUUCCGCCUGAAUCUCUAUGAACUGAAGGAGGGCCGGCAAAUCAAGCCCCAGACCCUGAUGAGUAUGGUAUCCAACCUCCUGUAUGAGAGACGGUUUGGACCUUACUACACAGAGCCAGUGAUAGCUGGGCUGGACCCUGUCACAUAUAAACCUUUCAUCUGCUCCUUGGAUUUGAUUGGUUGUCCCAUGACAACUGAUGACUUUGUGGUCAGUGGAACCUGUGCAGAGCAGAUGUAUGGCAUGUGCGAAUCCCUCUGGGAGCCAGAUAUGGAACCGGAUCAGCUCUUUGAAACCAUCGGCCAGGCCAUGCUCAAUGCGGUGGACAGAGAUGCAGUGUCGGGCAUGGGUGUGAUCAUCCACAUAAUUGAGAAGGACAAGAUAACUACUCGAACACUGAAAGCUCGCAUGGAUUAACUAAUGGCGUUGCUGUUCUUUUAGGACGCUCAAUUUUCUUUUUUUAAAAUCUGGAUGGCUGAAAUGCAGCUUUUGUUUUCCAAAAAAGACCUAUAAUUUUGGUGUCAAGGAAAGCAGUUGAUAAUAAGGGAUUGUUGGCAAAUAAAAAGAAUUGUUUGGUU